AUGACCUGAACGAAAAUUCGAUACCCUAUUUAAGACCUGACCCUUAAACCAAUACUCUGCUUCAGACCUGUCUUAUAAUUAGCUCCCUAUUUCAGACCAAUUUUAAAGACACUGUGAAGGACUUUUGUCGAUGGCUUCAUCGAUAAUGAUGAAAAGAUAGCUUCUUCUGGGAAAACAUACCCAAUUCAAGACUAGAGUGCCAAAACCAUACCCUAUUUGAGACGAAAACGGACAAAAUCUAUAACCCAUUUCUGACCAAUAAGGCUACGAAAACAUCCCUUUGGGACCGCAUAUACCUACAGAGCCCAUAUGAGAGAGUAACCCCCCCUGCAGGACUCUCACCCACCACCUUUGAUGUACGUAAAGUCGUACAAAGUUCAUUAUUUGUAAUCGUCAAAGCCGCAAUCUAGCUUUGACGCCAUCAACUUAGACGAUGACGCUUGUGUAAUGUAAACUUGAUUGGUUCAAGUACAGUGCGCUUUAUAACAGAAAGUAAAUGAUAAAACUAAAUGACAGUGAGCAAGACGUCUGAAACGUUUUAAGUUGCUGAGCAGUUAUUUACUUCGUUUCAGGAUUCUGUCCGAGAAAUUACUCUAACCCCAAAACUCGUCCGUAAGUAACUGUAAAAUGAAAACAAUCGUGUAUAAUUUCGGAAGCACUGUAUUUUUUCUACGUUUUUCUUUUCAAGGUAUGCUAAGAUGAUGGCGGCUUUACCGAGCAACACAAGCAGGCUGAAAAACUCGACUGACGAAUUGCAUUCCAAUUUUAUUCCACUGUACGCCAUCUUAGCACCUUCCAUCCUUCUUGCUGUUGUCAUAUUAUUUGGCAAUUCUCUGGUCGUUUUAUCUUACAAGAUCAACUACAGACUGAGAACUCGAACUAACGCCUUUCUCGUCAGUUUGGCCAUCUCGGAUUUCCUGGUUGGCGGUAUCUCUCUGCCCAUGUGGAUCUACAUUAUCUUAACAGAGUUCAACGAGUCGCACACUUUUAAAACAGUUUUCAGAAUUUUUGACGUCUUCACAGCCCUCGCAUCCAUUUACCACUUGACCGCCAUCAGUAUCGAACGUUACAUUGCUGUUUCACGGCCGUUUUAUUACAAACGCUUGACUUCGUUCUUUCAACGAGCCAUGAUAGCUUCUGCCUGGAUUCUCGCUGGUGUUCUAGCUUCACUGUCUUGUAUCACCACCACUACCACCCCCUUGACCAGCCGAGUCUACUCCACGGUCUUGUUCAUCGGCGGGUUCACUGUCCCCGUCGCCAUAACAGCGUUCAUGUACAUCGGCGUCUUUUCAGUGGCGCGGUCUCUGCUCCAACGCAAUCCACCCCGCACUUUGAGCCAGCAGAGCGCGAAGAGCCUAAAGGAGUACUAUCAGGGGGAGAGAAAGGUCGCUAUCACUGUAGCGCUCAUAACAGGCUUAUUCCUCCUUGCUUGGGUGCCGUUUUUUACGGUGUCGGUUACAGCAGCAUACUGCUACCAUUGCCUUCCUUCGUCACCAGACACCCUCAUAGGUCUCGUUGUCAUCGUAAAGAGUGUACAUUACCUAAACAGCGCAGUCAACCCACUUGUGUAUGCGCGUCGUAACCGUGAAAUAAGAAGGACAUUUAUAACGCUGCUAAGACUAGAUCGUGGUAUCUUCCAUAUUAGGGCUGAGGAGCAUGCUCCUUGCGGAUUUCCUCUGAGGCCUACCUGAAUUGGACCGUGUAUUCUUCAGCAGAUGUAAAGAUAUUCAAACCGUUGUGUGAUAAAACAAAACAAGUACAAUUUAAAAUAAUGAACAGUGAGAUAAGGAACUAAAACUGAAUUCUUCUAUACAAAGAUACUAAAACUUGAAUGCGAAGCAAGUUCUCGACCAAGCCAGUAGCAAGCAAAAGGUCCCCAGGUCUUAUAAAAACCUUUCCAUAGCAGCAAAUAAUCAAACAAAGUGGAGUCGAAUUGCUUGCUCCACAUAUAUCGAUCCUUCAUGGAUCCCUCAGGAAAUACUUGUUACCUCAAAAUAAAUAAAUAAAUAAAUAAACAAAUAGAUUUUUAGCUUAUACGGUUUUCACCUACAUGCUGUUAAUUUUUAUUUUAUUUAUAGUGAGCUAUUUUAUUAGUUUUACAGUUGUAGAAUAUCAUUUUGUAGUUAAGCAAAGCAAUAUUGUUUAUAAUGUAUAUUAUUGAAAGAUCAUAUGUAAUAAAAAUACAAUUGUUGUAUCUGAAAUUGAGGUAUCUAAAAAAAAAAAAAAGAUCAGGCAUCUGAACAACAUCACUGUCCUUAGUAAGUCUGAGAGAGCUAGUGUUAUCCAAAAAUGCAGGACAGAAUAUUCUUUGGCGCAUUUUCUUGGCUCUCGUUCAGGCACAUAAAGAAAAGUCAAGUUACGUUCUAGUUGGGAAUGUUUCCAAGAGUAGUUAUUUUUUGGAAGGUGGCUAUUUUAGGGAUUUUCUCAUGCCUGGGUGAAAUCUUAUCACAGCUUUCCUAGGGUCACUUAUUUGGUUGUUUGUCGUUUCCGAAACUUCUUUUCACAAUUUGGUUUCAUAUUUUAAGGAUUGCACUCGGCCACAAACAUCAUCCCAAUUUAGAUUGAAAAAAAAAAUGGGUCCAUUACGGGGCUUGCCUAUGUUUAACCGGAUAAGGAAAGGAAAAAAAAACACCUGCCUGUUGCAGGAUUAAAUUACCUCAUGUUAGUUGUGAACCUGCGGCUGUUAGUGUCUCUCCACCAAGACGUAUAAACGCCAACCAUAAUAGUCUUAGGGCAAACUUCGGAACAAAAUAUAUUGGUACCCCAUUCAUGAGAAGUGUAAAGGUUGAGCUGGUCGCUUUAUGCCACGGAAAUUAUUGCAUUAAAAACAAACUGAUCUUCAAAGCUCAAUUUGAAAUGUCACGUUUUCUCUUAUUUUAUUUAUUAUUAACUUCGUCACGGUAGCAUAAGGUGCCGCACUGUUUCGCCUGAUGGUCUUUCAGCGAGGUUACUAAGCGUUACUCAUUUCUUCUAUUAUUGAUGAUUUCUAGUCCGUACUGCACGCUCUCGAGAGUUUGUUUGCAUUUUUUGUUUUGUUUCAUGAAAGACAUCACAAAAUGUAAACAUUUCGCACCUACUUACAUGAAGUAAAGUUUCAAAACAACCGCCAUUAAUUUAUGGAUUCAAAGCGGUCGAAUCUUUAUGCUUCGUUCUUUCUCAUAUCACUUGAUGAGACAACUUCGAAGCUGUAA